AGCAAGGACACACGUUCAUCAAAUAGAAAACCACAGUGUAAAACAACAGAAUUCCAUAUCUGGUGAAUUUCAAAAUAGAUAUCUAACAAAGCUAAGCUACUUGACAGAAUCGAUGUUGUAAAAAAAAGAAGAAAUAUAAAAAAGGCAAGAAAAUACGCACGCUUUGAGUCCUCUCGGGUUCCGUUCAACUUGUGGUUACAACGACAAAAGCGAAAAAAAGGUUAGCGAUUAGCUAGUCAGCUAAUCCCUCGCAUAACUCAGUCGCUGCACAUUUCACAGGUUUAUGAAGUAAUGGAAAUGGACAUGGUCAGGGGACCGGGCUGAAUUUAGAAACGGAUUUGGAGUUUUUCAAGUUGAAUUUCACCAGUCUAUAUGCAUCAGCAUUGCCAUGGACAAAUCUCAGUGAUGGAGUCCCAGAGGAAAAGGUAUGCAGCUCCGAGCUCUGGUGAGGACAGUUCAGGGGAGCGAGGUUCGCUCCACACCUGGAAGGGCUACUCCUGUAGUGUCACCCCAGAGAGAGUGCUCCUGUCCAGGCCUGUGCUGCAGGCUGCCCUGGGAAUGCGCCAUGGGGUUCUAUUGGUGGAGGGUGGGCAGGUGUACAGCUUUGGUGAGUUCCGAUGGAAACAGAGCCAGGUCUCAGAGGUGGGCCCCCUGAAGCCCGUCCUAGAGAGCGCUCUCAGCGGCCAGUGCGUUGUCGCCGUGGCAGCGGGCAGCUUCCACAGCGGGGCGGUUACCGAGGACGGCGGGGUCCACAUGUGGGGGGAGAACUCCUUCGGCCAGUGUGGCCUGUCCAGCCUCACUGUAGUCCCCAACCCUACUCCAGUGGCUAUCAUGGACCCCGACACCAGCCCCCCUCAUACCAUCCGGGUCCUGGAGCUGACCUGCGGGGAGCAGCACUCCCUUGCUCUCUCUGCCCAGCACGAGGUGUGGGCCUGGGGCAGCGGCUGCCAGCUGGGCCUGGUCACCACCAUCUUCCCCGUAUGGAAGCCCCAGAAGGUGGAGCACCUGGCGGGCAGACACGUCCUUCAGGUGGCCUGUGGGGCCUUCCACAGCCUUGCCUUGGUGCGUUGCCUACCACCUCAGGAGGCCCGGCGGCCCCUGCCUGACAAGUGUGGCCAGUGCAACCAGCUGCUCUACACCAUGACGGACAAGGAGGACCACGUCAUUAUCUCAGAUAGUCAUUACUGCCCCCUAGGGGUGGAGUUGCUGGCUGACGGAGAGGCCAGGCUGGAGCCUGGAAGGUCCCCUCCGCUCAGGCUCCAGAGCUCCCCUUCAGAGCCCCUCUCCUCUCAUACCUCAGCGCCUGGUCUCCAUCCCUCCAUAACAGACCAUACAGACUAUGAGAGGAGAAGGACAGUGGCACAGAAUGGGGAAAUCUUAACCACUAGAGACUCUGACAUGAGAGAUGCUGCUGGGACAGACUCAGAUCGAACUGUGGGGGGUGCAGGGUCUCAGAACUCCCCCUACCCUGAUGAUCAGGCAGUGAAAGAAUAUCUCAAGAAACUGUCUGACACCUCAUUGGCUGAGGAGACUGCCAAGAUGACCAUAGCAGGAGCAAGUUUUCAGCCCCCAGCAGAAAACCUUGACCUCCUGACCUCUGACCUCCUCCCUGGGGUCAUACCAGUGACCACCAGCUCUGCCCUCAACAGCCUGGUCUCAUCCUGUGCCUCCGCCGUGGCCGAGAGAGUGGUCUCCACCUGCGAGGCUCUGUCCCUGAAGAAGAGGAUUAACUGCUACUACCCUGGGGUUGGCGGUGUAGCAGGAGCACCCGGUGGGGUGCCAGGAGGGUUUCCAGGGGGCCCCGCGGAGGAGCGGGUGCGUCUGGAGGAGUCUAUGCAGGGGAAGAAGAGCUGCAGCACGGGGGAUAUCCGUGAGGAGGAGGCCGAGGGCCUGAGUCGACGUCUCUCUCUGCCUGGACUCCUCUCUCAGGUGUCCCCCAGGUUGCUGCGGAGGGCCAGCCGGCCCAGGGUGCGAGUGGUGCCCCUCACCCCUGUGGGAGGGCUCCCAGAGGCGGGGGAGCUGCUCCCCUCCCUGCAGACCGAGGUGUGGAGCUGGGGGCGUGGUGAGGAGGGCCAGCUAGGCCACGGGGACAACCUCCCCAGGCUGCAGCCACUGUGUAUCAAGUGCCUGAGCAGUAAGGAGGUGGUGCUUGUGGCUGCUGGGGCACAUCACUCCCUGGCCCUGACGGCACAGUCCCAGGUCUUCUCCUGGGGUAGUAACAGCUCUGGCCAGCUAGGACACAUGGCGUGUCCUACUACUAUCCCUCGCCUUGCCAAGCUGUCUGAGGGGAUCCGUGUAUGGGACGUGGGUGCGGGGGCGCAGCACACCCUCCUCCUGGCCGAUGGGGACUGUUACCAGCCCAUCCUUUACUAUAGCGGACAGCAGGUCAGAGAGGCGGCUCAGGACGCACCCCAGGACCAGACAGAGGGGUACAGCUACACCCAGCAACCAGUGCUGCUCCCCUUCUGCAUGAACUUGGGCUACGUGAGCGGUGUGUUUGCGGGGGGCCAGAGCUGCGUGGCGCUAGCCGACCGCAACGUCACGGGUUUCAUCGCCAGCCUCCACGAGCUGGCUGCUGCCGAGAGGAAGUUCUACUGCAAGCUGAGCUCUGUGAAGAACCACAUCCUGCGCCCCCUGUUGGACCUGGGUGAGAACUACUGCUCCCGCUACAGCUCCGCUGGACAGAGGCCAUGGGUCAGAGAGUCGUUGGGUACAGCCCUAGGCCCGGCGUCCACAGUGCUGCUACAGAGCCUGGCGAGGUGUUACAGCCGCCUGUGCCACCUCACUGGGCAGCACUCCGCCUUGCUCACCGCCAACCUGCGCCGCCGUCGGGAGGUGAAAAGCUUGGUUAUGCUGGAGCACGCCAGCAUCUUCCUGGACACGUACAAUGAGUACUGCUGCUCUGUGGGUAACUUCCUGGUGAUGGGGGGCUUCCAGGCUCUGGCCAAGCCCUCGCUAGAUUUCUUUGGGAAAUGUCCAGAGCUGUUGCAGCGGCUGGCAGAGUCCAGCGAGGAGAACAUUCCUCUGAGUGACCUGUUGGUGGCGCUCUUCUACCUGCCCACGAGACACCUUCACGAGUAUGGCAGGCUGCUGCUCAAACUGGGAACCUGCUUCGAGGUGAGCUCAGUGGACUACCAGAAGCUGCAGGACGGCUGCUCUAAGUUUGAGGCCCUGGCUCUUCAUCUGAAGAGGAGGAGGAAGGAGGCAGAGUACACGUACCACUUCUGGAAGAGCUUUCCUGGCAAGAUGACGGUCAGUGGCCUGGAUUCCCUGCGUAAGCCCCCCCGGAGGCUGAUUUGUGAGAGCAGUAACAAGGCCCUGACGCUACAGAACUCUGGAAGGUUCUCUGUCAACUGGUUCAUCCUCUUCAAUGAUGCACUCGUCCACGCUCAGGGCGUGGUUUCCUAUAAAAGCCUUUUCUCCACCCACCAUGUCUUCCCAUUGGCCACACUGUGGGUCGAGCCCAUCACUGAGGAGAACACUGACCUGUAUGGACUGAAGGUGAUCUCACCUGAGGAGACCUUCACCUUGCUGGCCUGUUCUUCCAUGGAGAAGGCCAAGUGGCUUCGCUCCAUCAACCAGGCGGUGGACCAGGCCAUGAGUGGGGCGGGGCAGUCAGGCUCAGGGGCAGGGCAGAGGGCGGAGCCUCCCAUCUCCCGGACCGCCUCCUACACCUUCUACAAGGACAGCCGUCUGAAGGAGGCCACCUACGAGGGCCGCUGGCUGGCCGGCAAGCCCAAUGGGAGGGGAAUGGUGAAGUGGCUUGAUGGGAGAAUUUACACGGGGACGUUCAAGAACGGACUGGAGGAUGGUUUUGGAGAUUACGUUAUGCCCAGCAAGACGUUGAACCUGAACGACCACUAUCAAGGCCACUGGAAAGAAGGGAAGAUGCACGGCAUCGGAACAUACAAGUAUGCUACAGGUGAGUUGUACGAGGGCUCGUUCCAGGACAACAUGCGUCACGGUCACGGGAUGCUGCGCAGCGGCACGCUGAACUCCUCCUCCCCCAGCGUCUUCAUCGGCCAAUGGGUGCACGACAAGAAGACUGGCUACGGCGUCUUUGAUGACAUCACCAGAGGAGAGAAGUACAUGGGCAUGUGGCAGGAUGACCAGCGGCAGGGCACGGGCGUCAUAGUAACCCAGUUUGGCCUGUACUACGAGGGAGCCUUCAACAACAACAAGAUGCAGGGCACAGGGGUCUUGCUGUCUGAGGACAACACCACAUAUGAAGGAGAGUUCUCGGAGGACUGGACUCUCAACGGGAAGGGUGUGCUGACCAUGGCUAAUGGGGACUACUUUGAGGGCACCUUCACUGGGGAGUGGGGCUCCGGCCUGAAGGUCUCCGGAUCCUUCUUCAAACCCAACCUCUACGACUCAGACGGGGACAAGGGCCGCGCUGUUAAGCUGGGGCGCCUGGCGGUGCAUCCGGAGGAGAAGUGGAGGGCAGUGUUUGAGGAGUGUUGGAUGAGGCUGGGCUGUGAGGCCCCUGGCCAGGGAGAGAACCAGAGAGCCUGGGAGAACAUCUCUGUAGCCCUGACCACCAGCAGGAGACAGCACAGAGACUGCCCAGAGAUGAACCUCAGUCAGAGUCAUAACAUAACUCUGGAGAGUCUGGAGUUCAACCCUCAGCAGCAUGUUGGCCCUGUUACCAUGGAGAAGUAUGACCGUAUCCGCCAUUACCUCAUCAAGGCGUGUGACACGCCCCUGCACCCCCUGGGCAGGCUGAUGGAGACCCUAGUGGCUGUCUACAGGAUGACCUACGUGGGGGUGGGGGCCAACCGCCGCCUCCUACUGCAGGCUGUCAACGAGAUCAUGUCCUACCUGGCACGCAUCUUCCAGCUCGCCAGGUUCCUGUUCCCAGAUCUGCCUGAGGAGGGUGGAGUGAUCCCUGAACCAUCCUCUGACCCGCAGGACAAGAAGGAUUCCAACUGCGCAGACACCCAGCUAGAAUCCCCCAAACCUGGGCGUGUAGUGAGUAGCUCCUCUCUGCUCCUGCCGGUGUUACUGCCUCGUCUCUACCCCCCUCUCUUCACCCUGUACGCCCUGGAGAAGGAGAGGGAGGACGACGUGUACUGGGAGUGUGUCCUCCGCCUCAACAAACAGCCAGACAUGGCCCUGCUCGCCUUCCUCGGAGUGCAACAUAAGUUUUGGCCGGUUUCGGUUCCAGUGCUGGGGGAGAGGACAGAGGUUGUGUCCAGCACAAAAGAUGCCUGUUUUGCCUCGGCAACGGAGACCUUACAGCAGAUCAGCACAACGUUCACACCAUCCGACAAGCUGCAGGUGAUCCAGCUGACAUUCGAGGAGAUCACAAAGGAAGUGGUGUCAUCACUGGAGAAUAGCUUCCUGUGGUCCAUGGACGACCUGUUUCCUGUGUUCCUCUACGUGGUGCUGCGCGCCCGGAUCAGGAAUCUGGGGUCAGAGGUGAGUCUGAUAGAGGACUUGAUGGACCCCUGUGUACAGCAUGGAGAACACGGCAUCAUGUUCACCACUCUCAAGGCGUGUUACUAUCAGAUCCAGCAUGAGAAGACCACAUGAGAACCACAGAGAAUCUGUACUGUAUAUUGCAGCAGCUCUGUAAAGAGGCAGACAGACAGCCAAUUUUAGAGGGAAGGGAUUGGAGAGGUUUUGAGUGAUGCUGUGUCAGGGUCGUCACAGGAGGGUCAUGAUGAUUGAAAGACAGGCUGCUGACUGUCCAUAUGCUCCCCCGUAGCAGGACUCCCUCCCCCUUUACAUGCACACAUACACGGAUGCAUGCUCUUACACACACACACACACACACACACACACACACACACACACACACACACACACACACACACACACACACACACACACUACAAAGCUCCCCGCUCUAACCACUGCCUAAUAGUGACCGUGUCAUCAGGCUUAUACACCUACUUGAUUCAUCAGGUUGACCUCUGUAAAACCCUUGUUGUAAAACUGUUUUGGCAGUUUGGCCAGUUUAUCUGUCAAUAGGCUUUGUAACACCUUAGCCCCUGAAUGAAGGAACCUGCUCCGUGAGCCGUCUGGAAUAGGGGCUUACUGUGAUGUGGGCAGAGCCAGUGGAGUUUCAGCCUUAUCGUGGACUGUUGAGAAUAUGACUGGCUAUUUACUAUUCACACUGUAUUAGUGGAAGAGAUCACUGCCUCUUUUGUCACCCAGCGCUGGUAUUGAAAUGGAAGUCUACGAAGAGAAACUUCAAAUCCAAGUGAGACUCGCCCUUAACAUGGAGCCUGUCUAAUAACAAGACGCCAUCUUGUAUGUAUGAGGUGGCAACAAGUACGCGUCACAUGGCCACCUGUUGCUUCCAUCGGACCUCAGCCCUCAAAGCACAUGUUAUUUAAUGGACCAACACAGUACGUCACAUUGAUGUCACUUAAAACAAGGAAAGAGUUGAACCGCCCAGAUGCAGUGACGUCUGUGUACACCGAGCGCUAGCCUACGCUCACUCAGACCAACGCCGGUUGAAGUUGUUUUGGAGAAUGUACACUCCAUACAGUUUCGGGUGUUCUUGUUGUUCUGAACAAUGAAUACAAUCUUGAAUAUACAGCUCUAUUCAGGCGAUUUGAAGACGUGAAGUUGGGUGGCGCUCUGUUUCUCAUGUGAUGCAGUUGAAUGACAGCCAGCUAAUGUGCACCUCACCUGCUGGCCUCUAAAACAUUUAAAUUCAUACUGUAUUAUUUGUGUUUAUAACCUCUCUGUUUGCACAAGAUUUAUAAUGCUACAAGGUGGUUCUUUCAGGUCACUUUGUCAUUCUACACCAGAGCUAAAACCUCAGCCACCUACAUGAAAUGUUGACACUUGAUGGGUAAACCCAUAGAAGAAGACUGUUUGUUUAUUUUCUGUUAUAAAACUUUUCCUGCAAUAUAGCUAAUGUAAUAUUCAUGUUUGUGGUUCUUCAAAUCAGAUUAAGACUUUUACUAGGAAGCAAUAUUGUUUAUGCGUGUGUUUGGUGUGCUCCCUGUCAUGCAGACAGACUUAUGACAGUAUUAUGCAGUAUUUGUACCUGCAAGGCAAUCGCUACACUGAAGAAACUGUCUCUGUUCAGCUUGUUGGGGUCUGAUCAUGUUGUAAUAGCAAUAUGAUGGUUAUACAGUGACAUUGAAAUCUACCAAAAUAAAUUCUUCCUGUUGCAGAAUUAUUAAUGUGGAGAAUAGAAUUUGUCACAACUGUUAUUGAUUGUUUGAUGGGACACGCAGUACAUAAGAAUCUAUAUUUUAAACAGAAUUUGAUUGUAACCUGGUAUUUGUUUAAUUCUUUAUUCAGCUUGUUUGUAAUUUGUGUGGUCAUGCCAAGGUUUACCUCCAUUUCCCCCCAUAAUUCCUUUGGAAAGGACUGUUGAUUAUUUAACUGCAUAUCUGUUUACACCUAAAACACAUGGCAUGAGGUGCUGCAUGAUAUAAUAUCUCUACAGUGUUUUACCCAUAGACUGCAUAACAUACAGUUUGAUCUAUGAAGGAAGAUCUGCCUGCUUGUUUUGAUUUUUUUUAUUUAAACUUUAUUUAACUCUGUUAAGAACAAAUUCUUAUUUACAAAAACAGCCGAACCCAGACGAUGCCGCCCUAUUGGACUCCCAAUCACGGCCGUUUGUGAUACAGCCUGGAUUCAAACCAGGUUGCCUGUAGAGACACCUCUAGCACUGAGAUGCAGUGCCCCAGUGUUCUCUGUAUGUUGUCACAUUUAUCCUUUUUAGGGGAAUGAUGUCAGCAUUUUGUCUAAUGUACAUAUCUUAAUGUAAACAAAGGGCAAUAAAGCCAACUGACAAAGUUCUCUUUGAAUAAAAUGUGCCUCUGUACUA